UAGCAUCAGAGAAGAUGGCUGCAGAAGGGAUUUUUCAGGCCACUGGCUGAAAACAGAGCACCGUUUGUCAUGUUGAGCGAAGAGUAGCCAGCGUGUCAGGCUGGUUGUCCCGUAGUUCGGUUCCGUCUGAAUUAUUUUGGAGGGGAAGAAUCGAGCAACAUGGGGUCGCAGACUCUCCAGAUCCUGAGGCAGGGGGUCUGGGCUUCAGUCACAGGCGGAUGGUACUACGACCCCAAUCAGAACACGUUCGUCAACGCUUUACAUCUCUACAUCUGGCUGUUCCUGCUAUGUUUCCCCUUCACUUUGUACAUGGCUCUGCCACCAACCAUGGUGAUAGUUGGGAUCUACUGUGGUGUGAUUGCUGCCAUGUUCCUGCUGCUGAAGAUGGUGAACUACCGUCUCCACCAUGCCCUGGACGAGGGCGAGGUCGUGGAGCACCAGGCCAAGGAGAACCAGAGCCGCAGGGGAGGCACAGAGGGGUCUAAUGACGGUGGCGCUACUCGUCGGGAGGACAGCAACGGCCCGGGGGACCCUGGAGGGGGUAUAGAAAUGGCAGAUUUUAUCCGACAAGAGACUCCGCCAGUGGACUGCAGUUCGAGGAACUCCUAUAUUGGGAUGGAAACUAAUCCGAUUACAUCAGCACAUAGAGCAGCAGGGGUCAAAGGUGAUGUGGGAAAGACCUCAGAUGACAUCAGUUUGACUCUCAUUGAGAGUUGCAGCCAUGAUCAUGACCUGCUGUCAGAAACAAAGAUGUACUGCUAUGUUCCCAAUGACUCCUUUGCCUCAUUGCAGCCAUCCACCUCCUUGUGUCCUUCAGAGCUGUCGAGGGAGGCCGGUGACACGUGUAACUCUGCUGCUUAUCAUUUCAGCCUGUCGCAUUCGUCUUGUGACACAGAGGUGGCCUCUCACACAUCCAUGCAGUCUCAGGCCUUCAGAAAGGAGCUCCGCUCUCGGGGUCUGCCUCGGACUUCGAGCUCAUCGGGCUCUGCUUUUCCCGACCCUUGUCUCCCAGACUUUGCCCUGUACCCUCCACCAAGGAGAGGUGGCCUCGACACUGUUUGUGAGCUGGAGGCCGCAAGACCUCAAAGACCAGCCCUGUGUGACAGAGAGCAGCUUUACCAGCAGGAUCAAGCUGUGCCCUCCACCUCGGGGCAGGAGUGCUGCAGGCACAAAGAAUUGCACAAAGUGGCUCGCUCUGCCUCCAGAGAGGCGGGAGAAGGUAGCUCAGGGCUCUACCAGGGAGACAUGGGAGCAGGAAGGAAAGGCUCAAUUGGGGGUGGGAAAUCUCGCGCAGGAGAGCGAAGUGCUGAUAGCUUGAGGAGUUUAAGUACCCGCAGCAGUGGUUCCACUGAGAGCUAUUGCAGUGGGACAGACAGGGACACCAACAGCACGGUCAGCAGCUUUCAUAGUGAACAAACCAGUUCUACGCACGUGGAGAGCCUGCUCUCACUUUCAGGGGAUGAGCAUGGACGGGACAGGGAGGCCGUACCCUCUCCUGUAGAGGGACCGACCUCUAGCCUCGGCAGUGUUGGCUCUAGAGGUCUCUGCAGUGUUCCCUCUCGAGAGGCCAAUAAAAACCCACAUGCUAAUGAGCUAACAGCAAAGCAGACUGCUACUGCUACUUCUACAACCCAGGAGCAAGUGGAACCUGGCCAAAGCACAUUGGAACCUGGUAUCAGGACCAGCGCUGAUGGCUCAUCGGGUGUAGCUGGGACACAGCAGGAUAAAGCAAAAGACGAGGGUCAGCUUAAACCCGAAACCAGCGUUCAAAGGACUUCCUCUCUGUCAGCCGGGCGCAGAGGACGGCGGCAUGGAGGAAAGAAAAGAGCAAGCAGUUUUGAUUCCAGCCGUCGUCGGGAUCACAUGUCCUUGCGUGGAAUGGCUAAACCCUGUAGUGCUGUGUUUACUGGAGGAGGAGAAGACGAUUAUAGUGAUCAAAGUGAACUCAGCUGUGCCUCCAGUCUCCACUCCAACAACCAACUAAGUACAGAUAGCUCAUCCAGCACCUCCUGCCUCUCACCAGAGAGCCACCUCAAGGCCGUGAAAUCCAAGCAUGCUGGUGUCACCUCCUCAUCCCCAUCCACAGUAAAGGAUCCAGGAGGUUGUGAGGCGGAGGUGCGACCCAGAGGGAAACGCCGUGCUUCCCGCCGUAUGCCCAGCACAGGCAGUGCCAGAACGCACGCCAGAGUAUUGAGUUUGGACAGUGGCACCGCCGCUUGCCUUAACGAUCCCAACCGCUUAGGAGCUCCGUCUGGGCCUCGGCCCCUCACCACCUCCAAGUCGGAUUUGGAAGCCAAAGAAGGGGAAGUCCUUGAUGCCGCGUCUCUGCUGGGUAGGGCCUCCCAGCUGGAAUCCGUGACCCGCUCCAGAAACAGCCUGCCCAACCAGACAGCUUUCGCCGAGCCUCAGGAUGCAACUGCAGCUUCGUUUCGAGCACCAGGAAGUGAGGAGACGAUCGUCUUCCGUCGAGAACGCAGCACGUUUCGUCGGCAGGCUGUGAGGCGGCGGCACAACGCAGGAAGUAACCCCACCCCACCCAGCUCGCUCAUUGGCUCUCCUCUCAGUCUUCAGGAGGCUCUCAGCCAGGCCUCCCAGCCUUCUUCCUCCCUGGUGAAAACUCAGCCAUCCAGAACCCCGUCCCAGGUGACAGUGCUGAGCGCAAGUGUGUCCCUGCUGGCCAGGAACGGAAGCACGCAUUUGGAGGGUUCUCAGGAUAAGGCCUCUACUGUGGGCGCCACCAGCUUACAAGAUGACUUUGGAAAGCUCACUCCCUCCCUAUAUGAGGCUGGUGGAUGUGACAUGUCCUUGGUCAAUUUUGAACCUGCAACCAGACGAGCCUCCAACAAUAUGUGGGAAACGGACUCCCACCUCUCCAGUUCUACCUCAGUUCGCUUCUACCCUCAUGACCUGUUCUUCCUCCAUCAGAUCCGUCUAAAUCGCCUGCUGACGAUGGACCCAGAGCUAUUGGAGCAGCAAGACGGAGACCUAAGCCCAGAGCUGCAAGAUGCUCCGUUGGGACAAGAGAGCGCUGCAGCCUCUGCUCCUGCUGGCAAAGCUAAACAGUACUACCGCCUGUGGCUUCUCCCUUACUUGUGGGUAGGGCUUCAUUUUGACCGGCUUACCCUGCUGGCGCUGUUCGACAGGAACCGCGAAGUCUUAGAAAACGUGCUUGCCGUGGUCCUGGCCGUCCUCGUGGCCUUCCUGGGCUCCGUGCUGCUCGUCCACGGUUUCUUCACUGACAUCUGGGUCUUUCAGUUCUGCCUCGUCAUUGCAAGUUGCCAGUAUUCCCUGCUGAAGAGUGUUCAGCCAGACUCCUCCUCUCCCAGACAUGGUCACAAUCGUAUCAUAGCGUACAGCCGGCCUGUCUACUUCUGCCUGUGCUGCGGCCUCAUUUGGCUGCUGCACCACGGCAGUCUGAGGAUCACCUCACCCCGCUUCACCCUGUAUGGAGUCGCUCUCACCAGCUCACUACUGCUGGCGUCCGCCAGAGACCUUGUUAUAUUCUUCACUCUGUGUUUUCCCAUCGUGUUCUUCGUGGGGCUACUGCCACAAGUCAACACAUUCGUCAUGUACUUCUUUGAGCAGCUGGACAUCCAUGUGUUCGGGGGCAAUGCCUGUACGAGUCUCCUGUCGGCGCUGUACAGCAUCCUGCGCAGUGUUGUCACUGUUGCUCUGCUUUACGGCUUCUGCUAUGGAGCUCUUAAGGAGACCUGGGAGCCGCAUCAUAUCCCUGUGUUGUUUUCUGUCUUCUGUGGCCUCUUGGUGGCGGUUUCUUACCACCUGAGCAGGCAAAGCAGCGACCCUUCUGUCCUCAUCUCACUGAUACAGUCCAAGAUUUUACCAAAUUUAAGAGACAAGAACCCAGAGGAUCCCCUUUCUGAGGUGCAGGACCCUCUGCCUGACAAGCUGAGGGCCUCGGUGAAUGAGCGCCUGCAGUCGGACCUGAUUGUCUGUGUGGUCAUUGCUGUCCUUUACUUUGCCAUACAUGUCAGCACAGUGUUCAUAGCGCUACAGCCUUUUCUCAGUUAUGUUCUGUACGCUCUGCUGGGGACGGUGGGACUGCUGACCCACUACCUGCUCCCACAAGUCCGUAAGCAGUUGCCCUGGUACUGCUUCUCUCACCCGUUGCUCAAAACAAAGGAGUACUAUCAGUUUGAAGUCAGAGAUGCAGCUCAUGUUAUGUGGUUCGAGAAGCUCCACGUUUGGCUGCUGUUUGUAGAGAAAAAUGUUCUCUAUCCUUUGGUCAUCCUUAAUGAGCUGAGUGGAAGCGCCAGGGAACUCGCCAGUCCAAAGAAACUUGACACUGAGGUCGGCGCUCUGAUGAUCACGAUAGCCGGCCUGAAGCUGCUUCGCUCCUGCUACAGCAGCCCCACCUACCAGUAUGUGACCAUUCUCUUCACUGUCCUGUUUUUCACCUUCGAUUACCGCCAUCUGUCCGAGACGCUGCUGCUGGACCUCUUCCUCAUGUCCAUUGUUUUCAGCAAGUUGUGGGAGCUGUUUUACAAGCUACACUUUGUUUACACCUAUAUUGCCCCGUGGCAGAUCACAUGGGGCUCAGCCUUCCAUGCCUUUGCUCAGCCCUUUGCAGUGCCUCAUUCCGCCAUGUUGUUCGUCCAGGCUGUAGUGUCUGCAGUUUUCUCCACUCCCCUCAACCCCUUCCUUGGCAGCGCCAUCUUUAUCACCUCCUAUGUUCGACCCGUGAAAUUCUGGGAACGAGACUACAACACUAAGAGAGUUGAUCACUCAAAUACUCGGCUAGCGUCUCAGCUGGACAGAAAUCCAGGCUCUGAUGAUAACAACUUGAACUCGAUCUUCUACGAGCAUCUGACCCGCUCCCUGCAGCACAGCCUGUGUGGGGACCUCCUCCUGGGCCGCUGGGGCAACUUCAGCACUGGGGACUGCUUCAUCCUAGCAUCUGACUACCUAAAUGCUCUGGUGCAUCUCAUCGAGAUUGGCAACGGCCUGGUCACCUUUCAGCUCCGAGGGCUGGAGUUCAGAGGAACUUACUGCCAACAGAGGGAGGUUGAGGCCAUCACCGAAGGAGUUGAAGAAGACGAGGGCUGCUGCUGCUGCGAGCCCGGCCAUCUCCCUCACAUCCUGUCCUUCAACGCCGCCUUCGGUCAGCGCUGGUUGGCCUGGGAGGUGCUGGUCACCAAAUAUGUUCUAGAGGGCUACAGUAUCACUGACAACAGCGCCGCCUCUAUGCUCCAGGUGUUUGACCUGAGGCGCAUCCUCACCACUUACUACGUCAAGGGUAUCAUCUACUACGUCAUCGCUUCCCCUAAGCUUGAAGAGUGGCUGGCUAAUGAGACCAUGAAAGAGGGCCUGCGAGGAUGUGGAGAGAGGAACUAUGUGGACCUGGAUCCCACCUUUAAUCCCAACAUCGACGAGGAUUAUGACCACCGGCUUGCAGGCAUCUCCAGAGACAGUUUUUGUGGCGUCUACCUGAGUUGGAUCCAGUAUUGUAACACUCAAAGGGCUAAGCCACUUAACAGCGAUAAAGACUCGCCGCUCGUGCUGCUCUGCUUCGGCCUUUGCGUUCUGGGAAGGAGAGCCCUGGGAACUGCAGCUCAUCACAUGUCCAGCAACCUGGAGUCUUUCCUCUACGGACUGCAUGCAUUGUUUAAAGGAGACUUCCGCAUCUCGUCAGUGCGAGACGAGUGGAUCUUCGCCGACAUGGAACUGCUCAGGAAGGUCGUGGUGCCUGGUAUCCGAAUGUCUCUUAAAUUACACCAGGACCACUUUACGUCCCCUGAUGAGUAUGAUGAGCCGGCGAUUCUCUAUGAGGCCAUCUCCUCCCACCAGCAGAACCUGGUCAUCGCUCAUGAGGGCGACCCUGCCUGGAGGAGUGCUGUGCUGUCCAAUGCUCCCUCCCUCCUCGCCCUUCGCCAUGUACUGGACGAAGGCACGAACGAGUACAAGAUCAUCAUGCUCAAUCGAAGAUACCUCAGCUUCCGCGUCAUCAAGGUUAAUAAAGAAUGUGUCCGCGGCCUCUGGGCUGGGCAGCAACAGGAGCUGGUGUUCCUGAGAAACAGAAACCCAGAGCGGGGCAGCAUCCAGAACGCCAAGCAGGCCCUACGUAACAUGAUCAACUCGUCCUGCGACCAGCCCAUUGGGUAUCCCAUCUACGUGUCCCCGCUGACCACCUCCUACUGCAACACACACCACCAGCUUGGGCACAUCCUAGGGGGACCCAUCAGCCUCGCAAACAUCCGCAACUUCGUUGUCAGCACCUGGCACAGGUUAAGGAAAGGCUGCGGUGCCGGCUGCAACAGUGGCGGGAACAUAGAGGAUUCAGAUGCUGGCGGUUUGUCGUCUGGAAGCGGAAACGGGACGGGCGGAGACUCUCACCAGAGCUCUGUGUCGCAUGGCGGAUCCACGGGACCUGCUCUACCGCACUCAUACCAGCCUCACUCUCUGGGUACUAGCCAGAGCUCUCAGUCUGUUCAGUCCGGUUUAGUACGUCAGUCCCCAGCCCGUGCCUCCAUGGCCAGCCAAUCCUCAUCCUACCGCUAUGGCAGCAGCCGACAUUCCUCCCUGCGCACCUCUGCUACAGGCCUGGAGCCCUGCCGCCGUUCCUCCACCAGCCAGCUGUCCCUGCGUGCACUCCCCACAUCCCUACAGCUUCGCCUGGGCUCCACAUCCGACCCCGCCGGCCCAUCAUCCUCCCUCUCCAGCCACAGCAUCCCUCCUUGCAAACGGCACACACUGGUCGGGCUCCUAGGAAAUGAUGGCGUAUGCAGCGCUGUGACAGAUCCUCUCAGCCAGCUUCAUAACCAUCAUCACCAUCCACAGCAGCACCACCCCAUGGUCUCCACAGUACGGCGAGAUGACAUUUCAUACAGAGUGCAGAUAGUGGACGUGACUCAGGUGCUCGAGAAUAUCAACCUACCGAAGCGGAAGGAGUUGCUGUGGCCAGACGAGAGCAUGAGACUGAGAGCAGGACGGACCUGCUGGAGGGACUGGAGCCCUGUAGAGGGCAUGGAAGGUCAUGUGAUUCACCGGUGGGUGCCUUGUAGCCGAGACCCAGCCAGUCGCUCCCAUAUCAACAAAACCAUCCUGCUGGUACAGGUGGAAGAUAAGCUAGUGCCCAUUAUUGAGACUGGGGUCAUUGAGUUGGGUGCUGAGGUUUGAGACUAUAUGGAAAGCACACGCAGCCGCACACAUGUCCUAGUGACAGCCAGACCCACUCCCAUGGCUUUCAGCAGGGUGCAAAAAAGCCGCAUUUAACGGGGAAACGGGAGCCUCCCCCCUCGCUCCCAUUCCUUAGCGCUAAAGGGGAAAAGGAAGCCUGGGAAAAGUGCAAGCAUGGGCAGAGUCUACAUUUAUCUACCAUGCUUUACUGCUUCAACAUACAUCCACACUAUCUGCCUUGAGCUGCAUCUCAGAGAUGCUGCCUGACGGUCAACAACCCGCCGACGGUUAUUAUUUGCUACUGGUGAUUGAUUUCUAUGCAUUGCAUCCAGUUUUCUCAGAUUUACGACAAACUGCAAGACGCUUGAGAUUUAUUUUCUUCUCUUAUGUAAAUCCUUUAAGAAUUUGCCAAAUAAUUCUUUUGUUUAUUGUUUGCCAUGGUUUUAUACAACUGAAAGCUUUCUUGUACUUUUUUUUUUGGGCUGCCAAGCCUGCAGAUUGUUGUCAUGUAGAACGGAGAAAAGAGCGCCGUUCCCAACCAACUCAGUUUGAUUGUUGUCAUUCCUUUUUUGUGGAUUAUUUUAAUUUUUUAAUUUUUUAUUUUUUUUGCAAGAUUAAGCUGCCUAAAGAAAAAAAAAACUUGCACUACUUUCUUUUGUUUUGUUCUUUUUUUACAGUGAUGCACUACAAUCUUUAGAUCACUUUUUAUUUGACUCUGAAUGACCAUGGUUACCGAUGCCUUGGGGAAUGACAAAAUGCAAUCAUUAUUCUGUUUUCUGACAUUUUUAUUUCAAUUUUUUUCUGUUUGAUAAACUUGAAUAUAACUUUUUACUGUAUAUGAAUUUAUCUAUACAUAUAUAUAUUUACACAAAUAUAUAUUAUGUCUAUAUAUAAAAGAUUUUGUUUUGAAUAUUUAUUACUGUGAACAUAGUAUUUACACUUUGUUGGAUUGUUUUUUUUUUGGGACAAAGCUUA